AUGUCGCAAUCCAUCACUGAAUUCAUCUACUUUAAAGUAAAACCCAGCGUGAAGCCCGAGGACCCCAACGACGAAGAAGGCGAAGCACUGCUGAAGGUCUUCCGCGCCGCCAAAAGCCAGAGCGGCUACUCGAACUCCGCGUGGGGCCGCACCGUCGAGGACAUAGACACGAUUGUUUGGGUCAUCGACUGGACCGACGCGCGCGGCUCAAUAACCUCAGCGCAUCUCAAGCCUUUCCUGGCCACCACCCAGCAGCCGCCAACAGCGCUGUACACAACGCUGCAGCCCCCCAUCUCCGGCACGGAUACACUUACCAAGAACCCGGUGACGGAGCUAUGCGUGCUGCCAUUCCCUAGUAACCUGACUGUGCCUGAGGUCAAGGCUCUGAAUGCAGACCUGAUCAGUUUCCGCACGGCUCUGGUUGAGCAGCUGCCGCAGGCGGAGGCCCCGCGAUCGUGGACUAUGGGCCAUGUGGAGCGGCCGGGGACGGUGCAGCACGCGAAGAGUCCGAGUGGACAGGCGGUAGCCCAUCUGCUUGCUAUUGGGUGGGAAAGUGUGGAGACGCAUCAGAAGGCGAAGGAGACGGAGCAGUUUAGUAAGGGUAUUGCACCCAUUCGGCAGAAGAUGCUGCCGCCUGUUCCUGGGUUGGAGUUGAGGCAUGUCAGUUUCCAGAAGAUCUGA